AUGAAGCUCGCAAUAAAGGCACUCGCUGCGGCACUGUUCGCGUGCCUCGCGGCCGCGAUCGCGCUGGAGCGACAACCUCACCAGCCUCUGGACGGCGGUGACAAGCUCCUGACUUUCAACAACACCGUGCUACAGCCCCAGUUCACGCCCAAGUCCCAGUCUGUCCAAUGGCUCGCCGGCGGAAAGGACGGGCAGUACGUAUACGAGUCCAACGGCUCCCUCGUCCUCCAAGACAUCGUCACCUCUGCCAACAAAACCCUGGCCAAGCUGCCGGACGACCAGCACGAGUAUUGGAUCAGCCCGGAUCUCUCGCGCGUGCUCGUCGCCACAAACUACACAAAGCAGUACCGACACUCGUACUUUUCCAACUAUGUGAUCCUCGAUGUGGCCUCGGGGGAGUCGACGCCUCUGGUCGGCGACCAGGCUGGCGACAUCCAAUACGCCGAGUUGGCGCCGGCCGGCAACGCCGUGGCCUUCGUGCGUGGCAACGACCUCUUCCUCGACAAAAACGGCACCGUCUCGCGCAUCACCUCGGACGGAAACCCGGACUUGUUCCAUGCUGUGCCGGACUGGGUCUACGAGGAAGAGAUAUUUGGCGACCGCAAGACGCUGUGGUUCUCGCCCGACGGCAAGUACAUUGCGUUCCUGAGCUUCAACGAGACCGGUGUCGAGACCUAUACGGUGGAGUACUACAUGAACAAGCAGGAGGUCGCACCCGUGUACCCGCGCAAGCUAGAUCUCCGCUACCCCAAGGUUGGCACGACCAAUCCGACAGUCUCUCUCUCGAUACUCGACGUCGAGACGGAGCAGCUGAGCAGUGUCGCCAUCGAUGCAUUCACCGCAAACGACCUGAUCGUAGGCGAGGUCGCCUGGGUGACCAAAGGCCACGACAGCCUGAUCUACCGAGCGUUCAACCGCGUGCAAGACCACGAUAAGCACGUGCGCGUCGAUGUGCCCAGCGGAGCUUCUACCGUCGUCCGUGAGCGCGACGGCACCGACGGUUGGCUUGACAACAGCCUGGCGAUUCGAUACGUUGGAUCCGCGCAGGAAGCUGGCAACGACAGUCACUAUAUCGACCUGUCGGACGAGUCGGGGUGGCAGCACAUCUACCUCCACAGCGUCAAUGGUGGCGAGCCAAAGGCUCUCACCAGCGGCGAGUGGGAGGUCCUUGGGAUCACCAAAGUCGACACGGCGAGGAAGCUGGUCUACUUCACGUCGACGGAGCACCACAGCACCGAGAGCCAUCUCUACUCCGUUUCCUACGCCACGGGCGAGAAGAAGGCCCUUGUCGACGACACUGUCGCGGGGUCGUGGUCCGCCUCCUUCUCCGCCGGCGGCAGCUACUACAUCCUGAGCUAUAACGGCCCGGACGUCCCCUAUCAAGAGCUCUACUCGGUCAACUCGACUAGCACGCCCGUUCGUACCGUUACGGAUAAUAAGGACCUCUACACGGCCCUGCAGGAGUACAACCUGCCCAACAUCACCUACUUUGAGCUCCAGCACCCCGAGGGCUACAGCCUCAACGUCAUGCAGCGCCUUCCCGUCAACUUUGACCCUGCCGAGAAGUACCCGGUCCUGCUGACGCCCUACGGCGGGCCCGGCGCGCAGGAGGUUACCAAGCGCUUCCAGCGGCCCAACUGGAACGGCUACAUCGCCUCGGACCCGGAGCUGCGGUUCAUCACCUUGACCGUCGACAACCGCGGCACUGGCAACAAGGGCCGCGCAUUCCGCUCCGUCGUGGCCAAGCGCCUCGGCGUGCUCGAGGCGCAGGACCAGCUGUGGGCGGCCCGGGAGCUCGCGUCGCGGCACGCCUUUGUCGACGCGGCCAAGAUCGGCAUCUGGGGCUGGUCGUACGGCGGGUUCCUGUCGGCCAAGGUGCUCGAGGCCAACGCCGCGGCGGGCGACGUCGUGUCGCACGCGCUCAUCACGGCGCCCGUGUCCGACUGGCGCUUCUAUGACAGCAUGUACACGGAGCGGUACAUGAAGACGCCCGCGGCCAACGCCGGGGGCUACGAGGCGUCGGCGGUGCGCCGCGCCGACGGCUUCCGCGCCGCGCGCGGCGGGUUCAGCAUCAUGCACGGCCUCGGCGACGACAACGUGCACUACCAGAACACGGCGGCGCUCGUGGACCUGCUCGUCGGCGCGGGCGUGCCGCCGGCCAAGCUCAACUGGCUGGCCUUCACCGACAGCGACCACGGCAUCUCGUACCACGGCGCCACGGCGUACCUGUACAAGCACCUGACAGCGAGGCUGUACCAGGAGAGGCAGAGGGUCGAGGGCGGGGAGCUGACGCACCAGUGGAGUCGGAGGAGGGCCGGGCCGAGGCUGUGA